AUUUUUAUUUUCAUAAUAGUUUGAAUUAACUUAUUUGCUUUCUUUCUAUUACCUUUUGACUUUCCGUUCAAAUAUUGCUAUCUAAUUUUGGACUACUUGCUUUAUAUAUCUAUCUGUACUAGUUAUCGAAAAAGGGAAGAUCAUCUUAAACUUGGGUAUAAGGAUAAAUUUUAAUUAAAUUUAUGUUGUAGUCUUUUAAGUUUUUCUGCUUUUUAUUUGUGUGUUAUGUUACGUGAUAUACUCUUAUUGCUCUUCCCUAGGUAAGUCUUUAGUUAAUGUUAUUCUGAUCGAUCAAGGUGAUUUGAUUGAUAAAAGUCAAUCAAUUUGCAUAUUGCUACCCUUUUUACUUUCUAGCUGAAUCUUUUAUACAAUUCAAUUUGUGCACUGAACACCCACACUAAAUACGUGAAUGGCAUUACUUUGAAUAAAAUACUUACAGCAUCCAAUUUAAAUCAUGUUUAAAUAUUCAACGUUGCUACUGACUUUUAAGAUUUUUAUAUACUCGUAGCUUUACGGCUGCCUUGGCGAUGUCAAGUCGAACAAUCUGUUAAGGGUCAAGCUCGUAGAUCCUUUUUCCGAAGCAAUACAACAAUUUCUUAUAUAUUUGUACGAGAUCGUUAUUAUUAUUCCACAAAAAAAACGACUUCACUGGUAGCAAAACUUGCCGGAAAAAACUUUCGCUUUUACUUCUACUAUAAUUACAAGAAUGCCGAUGGAAAACCUGAGCUUACAAGAAACCAGAGAGGAAUUCACCAAAAGGAUGCAGGAGUUCGAGGGACGACUACAGAAGGCAACCCUUUCGAGCCCCGGAGCAGCGAACAUCGCUUCUGACUUCGCUGUCUUUAAACAGAUGACACUGGAGAGUCUGCAAUCUUUGCAACACCAAGUUGACUUGCUGGCAAAGGAAGUUGAUUUGCAGGAAAUGCGUAGCCGACGGAAAAUUUUGUUGCUUCAUGGCGUCUCAGAGAGUGAUCAAGAGGACGUCGUCUCGGUGGUAUGUGGUGUUGUUGGUGAUCAAAUGAAAUUGGAGUUUUCAACGGAACAUAUUAGCCGGUGUCACAGGAUGGGACGUAUAACAACUAGUAAGAAAGCACGUCCACUUUUGGUGAAAUUUCGUGAUAUCAAUAUUCGCGACAGGAUCUGGUCCAAUAAAACAAAAUUGAAAGGCACCAAUAUUUCCUUAUCUGAGUUUUUGACAAAAACUAGGCAUGAUACAUUUAUAGCGGCCAGACAACGCUUUGGUGUCAGAAAGUGUUGGACGCGUGAUGGGUUCAUUCACGUCCUCGGAUCCGACGGAGUGCGGCACCGUAUCAGUAGCAUGGCUGAACUGGGUAGGAUUGUGGUACCAGAACCCCAAAAACCAGUUCCAGUUGCGGCAAAAACAGAUAUCGGCGUCAGCAGAACGAAACGAGUUCAAACAACCAGGAAAUAAGUGUUAAUAAUAGAUAUUUCAUUUUUGCGGGUCGGUGAGUGAGUUUGUAGUCCUUACAUUAAUAGCAUUACCCAUUUUAUUUUAUUUAUAUCAAUCAAAUAAUCAGUAAUCAUAUAAUAAUCAGUAAUCAUAUACUUUUACCCACUAUUUACUAUUAAUAAUUAAGCAGUGAUGGCACAAACUUAUAAAAAAAAGGGGGUACCCCGUGAUUUAAAUUUUUAAACAAGGUAAGUUGAUUAUCUUAUUCUACCUUACAUGUUCUGAAUCUAUAAAUGUCAAUUGUCAGCUAUCAGAUAAUAUCUUAUUAUUUUAGAUAUAUAACUUUACAAUUUAUGCACAGAUAAUGUGAAACUCGUAAAAAAUUGUAUAGUCUGUCUUUAAAUUUUGAAUAGAUAAAUCGCUUAUUUACAUUUACUUAUUUAUGCUCAUUAUUAUACCGGCACAGACGAUAUCGACAUUGAUUGACAAGCUUAGAAGGAAAUGCCGAGUACUAUAUAUAUGUUUAUGUAUGUGUGUAUAUGUGUAUGUAUAUGUGUGUAUGUGUAUGUAUGUGUGUAUGUAUGUAUAUAUAUAUAUAUAUAUAUAUAUAUAUAUGUAUAUAUAUUUUAGUUUUUAAUUAUUAACUAUGUAAUAGUAUGAAGAAUGCCAUGUUAACACGGCCAACUGACCAUUCUCACGCUCCUAGAUUUUAGCAAUGCGUUCAAUACCGUCGACUUUGAUAUCCUACUAGAACUGUUACGCUCUCUUAACGUAUCUCCGCCUGUAGUUGAAUGGAUUCGUGACUACUUGUUUGGACGCCGGCAGCGAGUACGAAUAGGUGAUACAUAUUCAUCUUGGUGCGAUACGUUUGCUGGCGUUCCGCAAGGUGGCGUCUUGUCUCCUCUCCUUUUUUCAGUUCUUAUUGACUCAAUAUCUGACCAACUAACUUCUCUCUACCAUCUAUAUGCAGACGAUUUACAAAUUUAUACUCAGGCCUCUAUAGAUAAUUUAAAGGAUGCUAUCGCUUUAACAAACAAGGAUCUUAAACAUAUAAGUGAUUGGAGUAAGGCUUUUGGACUGAAAAUAAAUCCUUCCAAGUCUCAGGCAGCUCUGGUAGGUAGUUCUAAGUUAAUACAAAAGGUCGAUCAUUCAACACUGGCACCUAUAAAUUUUGGUAAUGUGGCUAUCCCCUUCAGUGCAUCAGUGAAAGAUCUAGGUAUAAUUAUAGAUAGUUCCCUUACUUGGCGGCCACAAAUAGAAUCUGUCAGGAGGAAAGUUUUCGGAUCAGUAUGCUCACUUCGUAGACUGCGUAAUUUCCUUCCUACUGCUACCAAAAUUGCGCUAUCCCAAUCUCUUUUACUUCCAAUUCUUGAUUAUGCCGAUACUUGUUAUCUGGAUCUUACGGAAGACCAGCUUAACAAACUUGAGCGUCUUCAAAAUGUUUUUAUCAGGUUUAUUUUCGGUCUUAGAAAAUAUGAUCACAUUUCCGAGUUUCGCACUAAGCUCAAGUGGCUUCCUAUUCGUUUUCGCCGGAAUACUCAUAUUCUUUCACUGCUCCACAAUGCCCUUUUCAACUCUUCUUCCCCUCACUAUCUGAAGGAGCGGUUUGAAUUCUUGCAUACCGUCAAUUCUUUUAAUCUUAGGUCUUCUGAGGGCCUUCAGCUGAAGAUUCCGGUACAUUUCUCUAAUUUUUAUGACAAAUCAUUUACGGUGCAAGCUGUACGGCUUUGGAAUGCUUUACCAGUUUCCUUACGAAAUAUAAAAUGUACGGCUGGUUUUAAAACAAAACUGAAGAACUAUUAUUUGAGCAUGUUGUCAUCUUCUUAAUGUGUUUAUAUGUCUGGUUAGCAUACUUAUUACUUGCAUACUUUUCGUGAACAGUAUUUAUAUAUUUUUAUGUAUUUGUGUAGGCGUUUAUGUCCAUAUAUGUAUAUGUAUUUGUAUAUGUAUAAUAUAUAUAUAUAUAUAUGUAUAUGUGUGUGUAGGUGUAUGUAUAUAAAUAUAAUAAUGAGUAGGGAUAAUAUUUAUAUUAUUAUAUGUAUCACAUCUCCCAUAUUUAGAACUAACAAAAUUUUUCAUCGUGCCUCCCACCAAACUGUUUAUAAUUACUCCUCUCCAUCCAAAGGUUGCCUGGAAGAGAUCGCUCUUAGCGAUAAGGUCGCCCAUUGUUUUCUCAUUGUGAUUAUUUCUUGUAAUUAUUUAUAUUUAUAAUAAGUUUACUAUUGUAAUCUUUUGGAGGAAACAAUAAAGA